CCUGUCUUGUCCAUGUUCCCGCUGUUGAGCCAUCGAUCAUCCAGUAUCUCCGAGCGCCUCUUAUUCCCCGAUUGAGUCGGGCUUCUGUCCGACCUGACUAUUCUUCUUUUCAUCAUGUCUGCCGUUCCUUCGUCGGCCAUCAGCUCUCAGGGUCAGAGCGCUCGUCAGUCAACGCGACAGACGAGAACGAACCCAUCACGCACGUCAAAGACCCUUGGGCGCUCCUCCUUUGCUUAUGGCCAUUCUUCCAUGACGGACACCCCUUCUGCAACCCCUGUCGCCCAUGGCUUCUAUCCCGCCCUCACUCAUUUUACCGACGCCAUCACAGCCCUCCCUCGGGAAUUUCGCCGUCACAAUUCGCUACUGAAGGAGGUCGACGCAAAGGCCUGGGCCCUUGAGGAUAAUCUGCUUCAAUUGCUCAAGGCUUCUUCGGAAUCGCAACCUGUGCCCUACCCCUCCAACCCGGCACCCAUUAUCGCUGGGAGUGUUCGGGAAGAUCUCUUGCCUUCGGCACUCUCGCAAGCCCCCGAAUCUCAGGAAAGCAAAGCCCGCCGUGCCUUGUUCGAUCGUGUGCGCCAUACUCUCUCGGAUCUGAUGAUGACUGCGGACGAAAAAAACCAUGUUAUCUCGAAUGCGAAUGACGAAUUGGACCGACAGCUUACCCGACUUGAUACUAUCUUUCCAUUCAUCGCAGGAGAGAUUAGCGAUGAGGCUCGUCUAGGGAGUCUCACUCAUUGGGCUUAUUCAAAUAGAAAUGUGGCCAAGACGACUACUAAUGAGCGUCCUCGCCGGGAGGCCGCGGCAAGUAAGGAAUUGGUUCAUGCGAUUCAUGAGGUUGAGGCUGCUUCUCGAAGCGAAGCCAGGCGCGAAGCUGUCAUGGCACGCAGACAGCGUCGUGCGCAUGCUGAUUCGGAUCUGGACGAUGUGCGUGCUCGGAAGGGACAAUCUAGCAAAGCUCGUGGAGGUGCAGGCGCUGGCGAUCAGUCGGGCGCGCAUGGCCAAGGAACCACUGGGACAGGGCAGGCCAAACGCCGCAAGGUCGAGCGACCGCCCGCCGUGGAGGCUAGUGCUGCGAUGGAGCGCACUGUUAGCAAUGCUAGUACUUCGAGACAGGCUGCAUCAAAGGAUGCCGGAGAUGCUACGAAGAAGAGGUCUCGGGCACCGAAUCCAAAUGCAGCCGCGCGAAAGAGGAACAACACCAAUGUUUCUGCGGUGGAUUCGCCAGUCUUGGCUCCAUCCCCUGUUGUCGCUGCAGCUGCUAUUCCACGGAGUGCCGCCAGCCCUGGACCUGGCGCGGUGCGGCCGCAGUCCUCUCGUACCCAGCAGAACUCGGGGCAGGCAAACAAUGGCCGUCAGAGACCGUCAUCUUCAGCAUCAAACCGUGUGACCAGCAAUAACAAAGCCACGGAAACAAAAGCUGCAAUCAAAGAGACAGCAUCCAAAUCUGAAGCUACGCCUACAUCUAAUCCGGAAACACAACGGGAACUGGAAGAGGCGACGGUGGAUGCAUUGAAGGUCCCACCACCGCUAAACACCAAACGUGAGGACACAGACGGAAAGCCCGCACAAUCCAUUGAGCCAGGAGAAACACCGGUACCUCCUGUGUCGAACCCGCCACCAAAGGGCCGAUCGUCAAAGACAUCGACACCCACGCUGGCCACUUUCUCCGAGCCGGCUCAGCGCGUGCGACCGACCCGCAGCACGGAUCCGGCGCCAGCCAAACGAUCUCAUAAGAAGAAUAACAGCAUCCCGGUGGUGCAACCGCGGGCGGUGUCGGAAGAAGAAGAGUCUCUCCACGAGGGCGAUGAUGAAGAUGAGGACGGCGAGCCUAGAUACUGCUACUGCAACGAGAUCAGUUUCGGUGAGAUGGUGGCGUGCGACAAUGACGCUUGUCCUCGCGAGUGGUUCCAUUUGUCGUGUGUUGGUCUAACGAAACCUCCUGGAAAGAAUGUCAAAUGGUAUUGCAACGAAUGCAAGGAAAGUAUGCGACGUAGUCGAAGUGGGCGUUGAUAUGGAAUAAGCAAUUGCCAAGUCCGCAGGUUGCAUGAUAUGUACAUAGUAUAGACAAUGAGGUGUUUCAAUCUGCGUCUCCCACAACUUGAC